GAGAGAGAGAGAGAGAGAGAGAGAGAGAGAUUAGCUUCAUAUCCGACGGCCGAGGCUGAUCGCCUGCAACUGGCAGCAUGCGGAGGUGAAAACGGACCUCUAAUCACCGGUCGAGGUUUACACCCUUGACGGUAUUAUUGUAAACCCCUGGAUCAGUAAUUUUUGCUAAAAAAAAUUAAAUAAGUGAUCUAUUACGAAUCAACCAUGCAUUCGAGCAGAGGAUUAUCGCGGAGGAAUUGCCCCGAAUCCCUGAGCUGCAGCUGGGGCACCGAGCUCUGGGAUCAGUUUGAUAACUUGGAGAAGCACACGCAGUGGGGCAUCGAGUUUGUGGAGCGCUACACCAAGUUUGUCAAGGAGAGAUCCGAAAUCGAGCUGAGCUACGCCAAGCAAAUAAGAAAUCUGUCUAAGAAAUAUCAGCCCAAAAAGAACUCCAGAGAAGAGGACGAGUACAAGUACACCUCCUGCAGAGCGUUUCUGAUGACACUGAACGAGCUGAACGAUUACGCCGGGCAGCACGAGGUCAUCGCCGAGAACCUCUCAACACAGAUCAUCUCAGAGCUGGUGCGCUACAUCCAGGAGCUGAAAGCUGAACGGAAAGCGCAUUUCCACGAUGGUCGCAGAGCUCAGCAGCAUAUCGAGAACUCCUGGAAACAGCUGGAGUCGAGCAAACGUCGGUUUGAGAGAGACUGCAAAGAAGCUGACCGUGCCCAGCAUUACUUCGACAAGAUGGACGCCGACAUUAACGUGACCAAGGCCGACGUGGAGAAGCGGUGUUCACUCAAGGCUAAACAGCAAGCUCAAAUAAGGCAUCAAAUAGCUGAUGACAGUAAGAACGAGUAUUUGUCCUACCUGCAGAAGUUUAAUAAAGACCAACACGAGCACUACUACACCCUCAUCCCCCACAUCUUUCAGAGGAUCCAGGAGAUGGAGGAGAGACGGAUUGAGAGAAUAGGGGAGAGUAUGAGGUGCUACGCCGAGGUGGAACGCAAAGUGCUGCCCAUCGUUAAUAAGUGUCUGGAUGGUAUGACCAAGGCAGCUGAGUCCAUCGAACCCAAAAUGGACACCAAACAGGUGGUAGAGACAUACAAAUCAGGCUUUGAGCCCCCAGGCGAUGUAGAGUUUGAAGACUACAGCGUAUCCAUGAAGAGAGCCGUGUCCGAGUCCAGCUUCCUGAACGCACGUGGAGAAAGUCGGCGCAGGAGCCGGAGCAAGCUGUGGCCUUUAAUUAAGCGGAAUAAGCUUAUGUCAUUGUUAGCGUCGCCCCGUCAGCCCCCUCCCCCUCCCCCCACGUCGCCCUCUCCAGAAGGCCUGGCCAACGGGCCGCAUUCGCCCCCGCACAACAAGGAGCCGCUCGGACAGCGCCUCAAUGACUUCAUGAGCUCCAAACACAAGAUGCAGUGCCUGAGAAGCCUCAAGCGUGGGCUCUCCCUGAAGUUGGUAAGUGGAACGAUCCAGGAGGAUUACAGUCAUUUACCCCCAGAGCAAAGACGAAAGAAAUUGCAGGCAAAGCUUAAUGACAUCAGCAAAGACAUCCAGAAGGAGAUGGAUCAGAGGGACGCGCUGAAUAAAAUGAAGGAAGUGUACAUUAAGAACCCUCACAUGGGCGACCCCAACAGUGUAGACCCACGUUUAGAGGAGGUGCGGCAGAGCAUCGAGAAACUCCAGCUCGAGGCACACAAAUACGAGACCUGGUUAACAGACGUGGAGAGGAAGCUGCUAGAGAAGGACAGUACACUGCGGAGACAAAGCGCCCCUUUUGAUCCACAGGGCAACACGGGCAACGUUGCAAACAGCUGUGCCCAGAACAGAGAGAGGUCUUCUGUGCACAGUCCGGACGGCAGCUAUACGGAAGACCCCAGCACGGAGACGGUGCAGUUCAAGUCCCGCAGCACCGAGUUCGACGAUGAGUUUGACGAUGAAGAACCUUUACCCACUAUAGGAACCUGCAAGGCUCUCUACCCUUUCGAAGGUCAGAACGAGGGCACCAUCCCGAUGGCAGAAGGCGAGAUGCUGUACGUAAUCGAGGAGGACAAAGGUGACGGCUGGACUCGAGUGCGCAGAAACGAGGAUGAGGAGGGAUACGUGCCCACGUCCUACAUCAAGCUCUGCUUCGACGCCAACUCCAAAGAUCCCUAAAAGCGUUUGGCUGGCACAGGAGUGGCAGGGCAAGCGUCCUUGCAUGAAACAUCCUCCUCUUUAAUGCGUAGUCAGAGAGGUGCUGUGUGAGGCCGUCUGACAGGCCGAGCCGUUCUUAACACAAACUCUGAAUCUCCUCUUCUUCGGGCCAGAGGCAAAAAAACAAAAAAAAAACACCUGCUUGGAAUUUUGUCUGAGAUCUUUUUGGUUUCUUUGUUUGUUUUUGAAUAACCCGUGUGCUAAUGAUUUGCAGAGCUUGCUUCUCGUGUGAGCCUAGACUCUUCUCAGCCUUGUGUCGUAGCUGCUUGCUGUCUGACCGGAGCCAUUAGGUCUAAACUCUAGUCCUCAGAAUCAGAUACAGGACCGUGACGUGCUUCUAGUCAAGCUGGUCAAGCUUUUCAUAAUAGUCCUGAUCCAAAUAGCUGCUGUCUUUUUCUGCUGGCCUGCAGAAAAGGGUUCUUGAGGAUCCCUAGGGAAUUUUUUUAAUUUAUUUAUUUAUUUUUGAAACAAACGUAUUUAUCAGGCCAAAAUUGAUUGUGAAACCUUUGCAAAAGCAUUCAAAGGUUAUGGCAGGGGGGAAAGUGGGCGGGUUAAGUGGGGAGGGGUGUGGUUUUGAAAGGUAACUCAUAUCAUAUACAAUAUGGUGUUUUUUGUGAUUAAAUCUGCUGAGUGAAGGGGUUGAAGCAGGCAGCUUUAGAGUUGCAGUCCUUCAGUCGGUCACUCUUUCUUCACAGAGAUGAAAGCAGUGCAACCUCACUCAUCACUCACUCCAUCACUCACUUCCAUCACUCGCUCACUCACUCAUGCUCACUUUCUUCCCUGUAUUGUGUGUAUACGCUGCAUCUCCUCUCUCUCUCUCUCUCUCUCUCAAUAAUAGUGCUUUAUCACUGGACACUGCGGUACUAUACAGUACAGUUACUAAUCCAAAGUGGGAGUUUUCUGGAGGUUAUGAUGCGGUGUUUAAUAAGGAAAACACUUGGCAUACAACCUUGAUUAAAUACUUUGGAAAAGCAUGUGUCGCUGUCAUUUAAUUACCUCUGAUGUCUCCUGCUCAGCAAGACAGAGUCAGUUUGCUGCAGUAAAUGGCAGUGGGCCACCAUCGAGUAAAGUGUGCCAAUAUUAUAUUAUAUCUGAGUAAAAAUCACGAGAAUGCUAUUUGUCUUCGGAUUUAUUGUGUUUAGGUAUUUAGUGAAUGAGAAAACACUUGGGGGACAUGUUGUUAUAGGAUAAUAAUCAGCAGACCCAAUGGUGAUUGGUUUUCGUAAAAUCCUGUAGUGGUUUAUUUCCCUCACUCCCUCACUAGCCUCUCUGGUGAAGUUAAUCAUACACAAAACCCACCGAUGCUUAAAUAUAAAGUCUACUGAAGCUGAAGACUUCUACCAUAAAUGUUUAUAAAAUGGGAAUCUCCACUAUAGCAAGGAUUCCAUUUUUCUCUUAUUCCAGAGCAAUGCUUGAUUAUUAUUACUCUUAGAUUGUGUAGCGCUUCUGCCUUACAGGUCCACAUGAACGAGCUGUUACUAUAGAAACGGUUAUGCAUUAAAACAUGUGAAUUCAUAUUAUCACGAUUUUAUAGAAAAACGCUUUGUGGCCAAUCAGAAUCGAGAAUCUGCUUAACCUCUGGAAUUAGUGAUUUGUCAUCGUAUCUCACUGUCCAGUUGAAAAGAGCUAAUAUUUCUUUCUAGUUUCCUGUUUCUUUCUUCCUGACCUCCUCUUCCUGUCUCUUACUUUUUCCUCACUUUGAAUCUGUUUCUUUGGCAUCUCUUUCUUUCUUUUUUUUUUUUUUACUUCCAUCCAUCUCUCUCUCUCUCUCUCUCUCUCUUCCAUUGUGUUUUCUUCUACUUCUUUUCCUCUCUCUCUCUCUCUCUCUCUCUCUCUCUCUCUCUCUCUGUGGGCUCAGUGGCCAUAGCCGUGUGUCGUGUAGCUGUAGUGGUGCGUUCACUCGAUGUUGAUGAUGUUCUCCAGCUGGUGCUGUGUUUCUGCGCAUGCAUGCUUGCCCCGUCUCUUUGUCUGUGCCAGUCUUAGGGGUCCAGCAAGUUCUUGCCUUCACUUCCUGACGGGCGAACUUGCUUCUUCAGUUGUGUUUGUGCCUGUGGUUUACUUUUUACUUAUUUAUUCAUUAUCUAUAUUUGAAUUAGAAGGGUUUUUUUAUUAUUAUUAUUACUAUUAUUAUUUUCGCCACCCGUGCAUGGCCACUUGCUUCAUGCUCCCUAAGUUCUUCUUCUUCUUCUUUUUUUUUUACUUGUUCUAUUUUUUAUGAAAAUCGAGAUGCUUCUUUCUGAUCGACGUCAUUUUGCAGUAAUUUGAGUUGAUGUUCAAAACAAAUAGUUACCUCAUUUUUGACGGAUUUUUUGGGCUGCUGUUUGAAUCAGCUCUGAAUGACUAACAUUGUGGUUUAUCUCCAUUUAUAAAGAAAGAGUAUUGCAGUGUUGAGCUGCGAGUCUGAUUGCGUGUGUGUGUGUGUGUGUGUGUGCUCAUUCUCUGUAUUGUGCUUUGGAUUUUCUGACUCUCCCCCUCAAGACUUUCUCAUAAACACCAAACUGCCAAGAUAUCAGAGCCUUGUAACGUCAGUGUUGAUCCCAGCUGCUCCCUGUUAUUAUUAGUAAUAAUAGAGCUUAAUUCUACUUCAAUUUUCGAAACAGAACCAUUGUAAAAUGCAUCACCUUUUUAUGUGCAAAUUACUCGAAUUAAAGGCCAUUGUGAAAUAUGCUGCUGUGUGUCAACAUUGAGUGUUCU